AUGACAACCUCCCGCCCACACUCGGACUCUCACUCCUCUUACGUCCUCAAAUCACAUCGCUCUCCCCAUCCCUACUUUUCCCCGACACAGCUAUCGUUCUCGGACCCACAUACGGGGGUCAAGUCUGGAAGCUGGUCUUCAAGAAGGUCAAGAAAAGGGCGGUACAGUCCGAAACAGGCGAGGGUUCAUUAUGUGACUCACAAGUCGGCGGCGGUUGGAGAGACUGAGUCAGGCGUGGGGCGGAGUGAGGAGGGAUCGGAGAAAGCAAAAGAUGGGGAAGUGAGAAGGAUGGAGGAUGAUGCUGUGGCCAGGAUCAAGCGGGCCGAGAAAGUCCAUCUGAAACCACAGCUGAAGAUGGAUGUCACAUUCUGGAUAGCUGUGUUUUUCACUCUAGGAUCCGUCGUCUGGGUGGUAAAUGGUUUCUUGGUGUGGUUCCCCGUAUUGAGACCUGAGCUGGAUACGGACGCUUUCAGUGAAUCGGCCUCUGCGCUGGCUUUCAUAGGCGGUACGAUCUUCCUCGUCGGCUCGUAUCUCAUGGUGGUCGAGGCAUUGGACAGAGGACGGGAGAUCAACUUUGGCACGGCUCUUGGGCAGCUCCUGCAUCAUCGUCGCUUUACCUCACCGCAAGCCACCGUCGGCUCAUCAGAUCUCUCCAAACUUCUUUCACAUACGUCGACCUCUUCCGCGAACCUAGGCGACUCCCAUACCCAAAAUCUAGACGAGGAAGGAGCAAAGGUCAUGGAAGGGGCGAAGGGCUUUGUGUGGUGGGGCAAACCUAUGUGGCACGAUAUGGGUUAUCUUGCGGCUAUCGUUCAGCUGUUCGCUGCCACAAUCUUCUGGGUGUCGACCGUGACUGGUCUCCCUGGGGUCAUACCUGGCUACGCAGAUGGAGAAGGCUCAACAGCCAUAAUAGACGUAUUCUUCUGGACACCUCAAGUCAUCGGUGGUACAGGCUUCAUCAUCUCCUCCCUCAUCCUCAUGCUCGAAACCCAAACCCACCCUUGGCUCCCAAACCUCACCGACAUAGGCUGGUGGAUCGGCUUCUGGAAUCUCAUUGGGGCUUUUGGUUUCAUGCUUUGUGGAGCACUGGGGUAUUCGGACAAGUCUGGGGUGGUGUAUGAGUCGGAUCUGGCUACUUUCUGGGGGAGUUGGGCGUUCUUGAUAGGGAGUGUCGUGCAGCUAGGGGAGGCGAUCUGGAGAGAGCCAGAAGAGGGAAAUGGGAAGUCAUGA